AAGACGACACAGUAAGGCGAUUUAACGCAGUAUACGGAAGAAAACAUGAACUGCAAGGAACUAUUCUCUGUACUUCUCUUGACAGCAUUUGUAUGGAAAUUGAGCGCAGGUUCAAGCCAUUGUCCGGAAGUUGCAUCAUCCAUCGGUUCAGAAUUCGUCUUUGGUAUACCAAGUGUAGCAAGUAAUGCAGCCAGCACGUAUGUUUAUGUUCAUAUAGCCCCGUUCUUGGAAAAAGUUGCACGGGUUCGAAUAACUGCACCGUAUAUAAACUUCGAUAAAUCAUUUACGGUACAGAACUACACAGUUAUUGCUUUGAAUAAUACACUUAUUCAGACCGAACAAGGGCGGCAUUUCAAAGGGAUUGAGGUUCUCUCUGACGUCAAUAUUUCCGUUUCGAUUUUCUUGGGAUACACACACAAUACAGAGGGUUUUCUGGCUUUACCUGUAUCUGCUCUAUCUACAAGAUAUGUAGCAGCAUCAUACAGACCUUACUCGUCAAACAGUGAACUUCUUAUAGCAGGCGUUUACAGUGAUACUGAAGUUCGCGUUAAAUACCCAGAUAGCAGAAAGUCAGUUAAUACAACCCUCAGAAAAUUUGAAACAUACCAGAUUUUUUCCUCCGAUGUAAGUGGUGCUGUUGUAACAAGUAAUAAACCCGUUGCUGUUAUUUCUGGAGCCGGUUACAGUCAGAUACCUUACGGCACUGGCGAUUACAAUUACAUUGUGGAACAAAUGAUUCCUACAAAAUACUGGACAAACAAGUACAUCGUCCCUCCUAUUUAUCCUCAUAACUACUUUCUAGUUAGGAUUUUUGCAAAAGAAAAUAACACAGAAAUUCAUUAUUACAACAGUACCAAGCAUUACGCCGACUUUGUAGACGAAGGAACGUACUUGGAUAUAGUUUUCGGUUCGGAACCGGUCGUGAUUCUAUCAAACAAACCGCUCAGUGUUAUGCAAUAUUGUCUUGAUACAGAAAAUAUGAAUGGAAACCCAUUUAUGACAACUGUGCAAGGUGUUUCGCAGUAUUCUGAUAUAUACAAGGCCGCGGUUGAAGCAUAUACGGGGGCUAAGAGCACUGUUGCUAUAACUGUUAAAACAAAUGACACUAAAAGGCUAUUAUUCAAUGGAAACUCAAUAGAAAAUGUUGCCAAGAAAAUCUUUUCGGUGGCUCAUCCUAUGGAAGACUACACAGUAAUAUUCAUCAACGUAUCUUACAAUAGCUUUGUUGAUCUACGCCAGCAGGACGGAAUGGCAUUUGGUGUUUCGAUCUACGGACUUAUAACAACGAACUACUACUCUUACGGUUAUCCAUUACAUCUACUCCUUUCUACGUCAGAAUGUGAAACAGGCCAGGUAACAAGCACCCCUUCUGGAACUCAGUCAACACAUACCAGCGGAGGAGUCCAAAGCCAUCAAGAAUACCUAGCUGGAAAUGGAACGUGGUGUUUCCAGUGCGAUGACAUGUCUCAUCUACAAUACUGCGACAGAGUAACACGAUGCCAAACUAAGGAUGAGGUAUGUGUUGUUCAAAGCUAUACUCGAAGUCACAAUGUAGUUCUGUACAGGUCUGGGUGUAUGAAGAAGAACACAUGUGAAAGCCGAGACGACCAGGUCGAUUGUCAGCAGUGCUGUAACGGUAAUUUCUGCAAUGUAGCCGGUUGCGGUGAUGACGGUCUGCCAGACUUUCAUAGCAGAGGGCCUUUCUGUUUUGACUGCGGACAUCAAGGGGAAAACGAAUUUUGUCAGACAGUGCAAAUGUGUCGACCCGGCCAGGUUUGUAAAAUAGAGAAGUAUGAAUGGGGCAGUGAGCAUCAUUACAUCCUCGGCUGUGCAAACAACCAAGUGUGCUCGUCUAAGAGAGAGGUACAUGCACUAGACACUCGUCACGUGCCAGUAUGUUCACGCUGCUGUCACUCAGAUUUCUGUAACAUGAACUGCACUGGUCAGCAUACUCCAGAUAUCAUAGGUUAAAAUGGCGAUCGAAUCCCACUUAAGAUGUACAGUACUUCUUAAAUAAAAAUGGUGAAGGCAUUUUCUUGUUUAUUUUUCACCGAUGUAUUCUUAGGGCUAAACGUCCCGCUAUAAU